AUGAUAUUUGUGAAUAUUAUAAAAAACCUUCAUUAUAAUGUAGUUUGGAGAACUAUAUUUUUAAGAGUUCAUCCUCUAAGCUAAAUUCCUGGAAUGGAAGGUUUAAGGGAGUUUAGUGAUUCAGAAGAUUGGUCAGAUGAUGAGAAUCCAUCAGACUUAGAAAAUAUAGAAGAAUUUGAUUCUAGUGGUGAUGAGAAAGAUUAAAAUAAUGGGGAUAUAAAAUGA